ACAAAAAGAAAAAAGUAAAGAAAUUUCCUUUCCCUCCGACCUCGGCUCCCUCUUCCCUGUACUCUUGUCUCUCUAAAGACGAGUACUGCCGGUCCUCCGACCAGCCGACGACCAUUCGCCCAGUACUCAAAAAAGACCUUCAUCGUGAGAAGCUGUCAAACCCGCUCUGGUGCCUUUUGACUUCAACUGAUCCACAUCUUGAGCUUUUGCUGCCUCUCCUUCCUUGUUCAAACUCUCCUCAGUUUUAUUGGUGAACAACUCUCUUUAGCUUCUUAAAUGGCUACCUUUGGUGCUUCCUCCUCUGCGAACACGAAUCCUAAUAAGUCCUCUGAGGUGGCACAACCUCCAGGUGAUUCUGUAUCAAGUAUUUGUUUCAGUCCUAAGGCAAAUUUUCUCGUUGCAAGCUCUUGGGAUAAUCAGGUGCGAUGUUGGGAGAUAAUGAAGACAGGGACCACAAUUGGAAGUGUGCCUAAGGCAUCAAUGUCGCAUGAUAAACCGGUACUCUGCUCAACUUGGAAGGAUGAUGGAACCACCGUUUUCUCAGGAGGCUGUGACAAUCAAGUUAAAAUGUGGCCCCUACUCUCUGGAGGCCAACCAGUAACAGUGGCCAUGCAUGAUGCACCUGUCAAAGAAGUUGCUUGGAUCCCAGAAAUGAGCCUGUUAGUCAGCGGAAGUUGGGAUAAAACUGUGAGGUAUUGGGAUUUGAGACAAUCAACUCCAGUUCAUACCCAGCAACUUCCGGAACGAUGCUAUACACUUUCUGUGAAGCACCCACUCAUGGUGGUUGGCACUGCAGAUAGGAACCUCAUUGUUUUCAAUUUGCAGAAUCCUCAGGCUGAGUUUAAGAGAAUCGUUUCCCCCCUGAAGUAUCAGACGAGGUGUGUUGCUGCAUUUCCUGAUCAGCAAGGCUUCCUGGUUGGUUCAAUUGAAGGAAGAGUUGGUGUACAUCAUCUCGACGAGGCACAACAAAGUAAAAACUUUACUUUCAAAUGCCACAGAGAGGGGAAUGAGAUCUAUGCCGUCAAUUCGUUGAACUUCCACCCUGUACAUCAAACAUUUGCAACUGCUGGAUCUGAUGGUGCAUUUAACUUUUGGGACAAAGACAGCAAACAGAGACUUAAGGCUAUGGCGAGGUGCAGUCAACCUAUUCCAUCCAGUGCUUUCAACAAUGAUGGUUCAAUAUUCGCCUACGCAGUCUGUUAUGAUUGGAGUAAGGGUGCAGAAAACCAUAAUCCCGCAACUGCAAAGACAUCUAUUUUCCUACACUCGCCCCAGGAGGCUGAGGUGAAAGCCAAGCCCAGGAGUGGAGUUAGUGGUAGACGAUAACUCGAACUUUUGUUUUGGGCUGUUAAUACAACAAAUGACAUUAAUCGAUAUUCCAUGAGCAUCAGCCCUUUUGUUAAAAAAUCAAAAAUCAAAAUCUCUGAGGGAUGUAAGAUAUAUAUUAGUGUUUUGUUGUUAUGUAUUUGUUUUGUGUUUAUGUAUUUGUUUUAGUCCUAGUUGUUAUUUGUUGGCGGCUCUAAGCAGUUUCUUAUGGCUUGUUAUUAGUGCGUACAGCAAAAUGUAAAGACUACAUAAUUGUUUUUUUCUAUCUAUAUGAAAUAAAGUUAUA